AACCACCGAGCCCUUUCCUCCUGGCUGCCAAAGCUUCCUGGAUCCUAUUGCGGCGGCGAGGGGAGGGGGGUGCUUCUCUUUUUAGAAUAUUCUGGAAUCACAGAUUAUUCCUUUGGAAACUAAAAUAUUUCGAGAACAGUUUUCUUUUCAUCUUUAUCUGAGACCAGUUCUGAAGUGACAGCUAUUGUAGACUUCAUGGAGAUCUUUUUAUGGGCAUACAACGGAUAUGGCAAAGCUUGCUAAAUAGUUUUCACACCUUGAGCGUCGGCGCCAGGAGUUUUCCUCUAGCCUGUCUGCGAUUCCAAGAACUAGUUCCCGAAGAGAAGGAGGAGAAUCUUCUCUUCUUUUUCUUCUCCUCCCCGCCUUUCUUUUUUCUUGGACGGCCGUUCCCAGCCGGCCCUAAACUUGAUCAGAGAUCAACGUGAUCAGAAAAUAGAGCCGAGAGGAGACGUCGGCGGCGAGAAACGCCAGUCCUCCGGCAACUGGAAGGAAAGGGAGGCCACGAGGACGAAAAAGGGAGCCGUCGGGAGCAAAGCACAAGACCUUUCAGGUACUGCGAAGCAGUAGAUGUAAUUUUGAAGAAAAUCUGAAGGCACAAAUGGCUCUAGCUGGCUGCCCAGACUCCUUUUUGCACCAUCCUUACCGGAUAGACAGCGUAGAUCAGACAUCAGCACAUACUCGGAGAGAUCUGGUGGAACCUGGAUUCCAAGAACAAUCAAAUCGCAUCUUGUUAAGUCACCAAGGAGAUGAUGAUGUGGACUUGGAAGCUCUAGUUAAUGAUAUGAACUCUUCCUUUGAAAGUCUGUACUCCACCUACAGUAUGCAUUCAGAAAGCACACCACUCCUUCAGAAUGGCCAGCUUAAUCGCAACCAGCCGCCAGCCUCAGGAACAAAUUCCCUGCAUCCUGUGUCCCCAAGACAGAAAGUGCAAAGGUCUCAGCCGGUGCGCAUCAUGGCAGUCAGACGCCUACAAGAAGAGGAACAACAGUUCAGGACAUCCUCUUUACCUGCCAUACCAAAUCCCUUUCCUGAGCUUUGUAGCCCUGCAAGUUCACCUGUAUUGGCACCUGGAUCUCUACCUCAGAGUCAACCUGCUACUAAACAGGAUGUAAAAGUCUUUAGUGAAGAUGGGACAUGCAAAGUGGUUGAGAUCCUGGCAGACAUGACAGCCCGGGACCUCUGCCAGCUACUCGUUUACAAAAGUCAUUGUGUGGAUGACAACAGCUGGACCUUGGUGGAGCAUCAUCCUCUCCUGGGAUUAGAGAGAUGCUUGGAAGAUCACGAACUUGUUGUUCAAGUUGAAUCUACAAUGGGGAGUGAAAGUAAAUUUUUAUUCAGGAAGAAUUAUGCAAAAUACGAAUUUUUUAAGAAUCCUGUGAACUUCUUUCCGGAACAAAUGGUAGCUUGGUGUCAGCAGUCAAAUGGCUGCAUUCCACAGUCACAGCUCUUACAGAACUUUUUAAACUCAAGUAGCUGUCCAGAAAUUCAAGGGUUCUUGCAUGUGAAAGAACUGGGGAGGAAGUCAUGGAAGAAGUUAUAUGCUUGUCUGAGGAGAUCCGGACUUUAUUGCUCUACAAAGGGGUCUUCAAAGGAACCAAGGCACCUGCAGUUGUUAGCUGACCUUGAAGAUAGCAAUAUCUUCUCAUUGAUAGCAGGCAAAAAAAUGUACAAUGCUCCAACAGAUUACGGAUUUUGUAUAAAGCCCAACAGAGUGAGAAAUGAAACAAAAGAAUUGCGGUUGCUGUGUGCUGAGGAUGAGCAGAGUAGGACAUGCUGGAUGACUGCCUUCAGACUCCUCAAGUAUGGGAUGUUGCUGUACCAGAACUAUAGAAUUCCACAACAGAGAACAGCACUGCUUCCACACUUCACCACUCCUGUGAGGAGUGUGUCUGAAAAUUCCUUAGUAGCAAUGGAUUUUUCUGGACAAAUCGGAAGAGUGAUUGAGAAUCCAGCAGAAGCACAGAGUGCAGCCUUGGAAGAAGGGCAUGCUUGGAGGAAACGCAGCACAAGAAUGAACAUCUUGGGUAGUCAAAGUCCACUUCAUCCUUCCACAUUGAGCACAGUUAUUCAUAGGACACAGCACUGGUUUCAUGGCAGGAUCUCUAGAGAAGAAUCACACAGGAUCAUAAAACAGCAGGGGCUUGUAGAUGGGCUAUUUCUACUUCGGGACAGCCAGAGUAACCCAAAGGCAUUUGUGCUUACUUUGUGUCACCAUCAAAAAAUUAAGCAUUUUCAAAUUUUGCCAUGUGAAGAUGAUGGACAGAUAUUUUUCAGCCUGGAUGAUGGGAACACGAAAUUCACUGACCUAAUACAGCUUGUUGAGUUCUACCAACUAAACAAGGGAAUUUUGCCCUGUAAACUCAAACACCACUGCAUCCGUGUGGCCUUAUGACCUCUGUUCUGAUCCCUUGCUGAAGGACUGGCUUUGAUCAAAGACUGGAGUUGCUAGAGAAUAUUGUAAAAGGAAGUUGACACUGGGACAUUAGCAGUUGUGUUCUUUGUUUUUGCUUUUUUAAAAGAACACAACACAAUUAUGCACCUUGAGGACUCAGAAAGGGAUGAGUUGAGCUGGUGCCAACAGACCAAGAUUUUGCUGUUUUGGAUAACACCCAAGCAUGAUUGCUGCUCAGUGUCCCAACAACCCCCCAAAAUUGGGAAAGGGUAUAUAAAAUCACUAAACAAAACUGGAAACUGUCCCUUGGCUGGUCCACUAAACUGAAUCAAGUUUGUGAAGCAAAAUUAUUGAAAAGAACACUUGCCCUGGAAUAAUCUUGACAAUUUAAGACUUAGUGUGUUUACUUUUUGUAUUGAUCACUCUCUUUAUUUUUGUUUGUUUGUUUUUGCACUCCUUUUUUUUGGGUAUUGCAUAUGGCCUAUAUCAGGAGCUGAUACAGCUUUUAAAUAUAUGCAGGAUUUGGGUAUGAACCUAAACUAAACCCUGCAUUGCAUGCAUUAUUUGAGCCUAACAAAGAUUUGGAAGACAGAAAUAUGUCUAACAUCUCUGGAGACCGGAGGCUCUGUCAUGUUUGAUGCUCUUGAAGAAACAAUAUGGAUACAUCUCUGAAAAAACCCCCACACUUACCACCACAUGUACCCUUUACAGCAAUUAUUUUCUGACAUAAAGAUUGUGGCCUGUGUGCAGUAUGUUAGUGACCGGUAGUCAUACAAAGGACUCUGAUUCUAUGCACAAAUGUUUUGAAAUCAUUUUAUUACUCAGAAUAUGUUUCCUCUACGUCACUUGCUUGAAAAUGAAAGAGCGACCAUAGAUGAAUUUGGAAUUGGUUAAGUCUCUCUCAUGCACUCCCUGUGUGCAUGUGUGUGUGUGCACACACUUCUUGUUGGGAUUCAGUUGUUUGGUCUGUCUCCUAUGUGGGUGCUUCCAGUUGGAGACCUCCUGGCACAACCAGUCACAUGGAAUUCUGUUCAUUUUUCUAAAUGGUUUUUCUGGAAAAAGAAGAGGUAAAAGAAGUGGUGGGAAAACUUAGGUGGGUUAUGAGAGGAAGAUGUUGUUCAAGCACAGACAUGAUCCCCCCAUAAACUUAUGUAAAUGAGGCUAGGCACUGGUGCUAUAAAAGCCUCAACUAGAAGCACCUGAAGACAAAUUCAGUGUUUUUAUUAUUAGCAUUAUUUCUUUUUCACAGUAUCAUAGAGCACUGCCCUAUCUCUUAACUCAUUACGAGUGUGCUGAAGCUCACAUGCUUCUUCUCUGAACCUGCAUUUUUGUAACCAAAGCAUGAACUUCUAAUUUUGCUUGUGAAUAGCAGCUUGCUGCAUUCUGCAGUGCAAAUGCUGUGGCAGAUGGAACCCUAUAAUUUGCUCCAAAACAGAAAGAGGGAAACAGCCAUGCAGUACUCCAAGAACCAAAACAGACAUAAUUUUAAAUAGAUUGCUUUUUUUGCAAUAGAAAUUGCAUAUCCUGCCUCAUUCAGAUCAGGCCACUUUGAGGGAAGGGGAAAGGUUUAAAGUGCCCCUGUCCCAUACUAAGGGCCCAGUCCAGAUUGGGAUCCCUGCAUCUAGCAGAAAAAUGGAAGGGAAAAGAUGUAGUUCCCAGCUACAUGUUUAAAGUAGGGUCUGUUUUGGCCUAGUUAGUUUCCAGCUGGGCCACUGGGGGGAGAAUUCCAUAAAUUCAGGUGUAGUUUUCCUGAGUAAUGAGAGUAAUGUGAGACUGAGGUUCAGCCAGGGAAUGUGAGGAACAGCUUCUUCAAUUGAGCUUGCAUUCUUGGAGUGCCAAAGCUUAUACUGUGACUCUGUGCAAAACUGGGCAUAAUCCAUCAGGCACCACAAUGCAGCCUUUCCAUCCAUUUAAAUCCCGUUGCAAAGGAAACGUGCAAGUGCCACUAGACUAUUUGGAAGUUAAUGUGCAGCAGCAACAGCUGAAUGGCCUGGAGCAUUUAUUUGGGAGUUAUGUGUUCAGUCAUCCAUGCCAUUGCUGGAUUUACCAUGGACAAUUCAGAUACUUGGGACUAUAUGCACUAAAAUACUAAGUGCCAGUAUCUGUUGGCAAGCUCAUUUGAUCUUGCUCCAAUCCCAGUUAGUCAUAAGACUAAAAGGCUUGGUUUCAGCCUGCUAAAACCUUCAGGGUGGAAUGUUCAUGUGGCCCUGGCUGUGUGGCGCAAGCAACACUUGUCCCACACUGAUAGGUGCACUUUCCUAGCUGUAGUUUGGGCAAGUGUGGCAAGUAAAAUAUAAGCCAUUGAAAAGUGAUGCCUGUCAUCUUAGUCAUGCUGAAUCAAGUAUUACUAACCCCACAUGGCUGUUGACACGGGGAUGUGCCAUGUGCAGGGCUUACAACAUCUUAAUCAGAGCAAUCUCUUGGUAGUAGUUACGCGUAGGUUAUUCCAUGUUUACAUAGUAAUGCUUUUUUCCUUCUGGAGAUAGGUAAAAUUAAAGUAAGGUCAAUAUUAAGGCUGUCAGGUUGGAGCUGAUAGUCAAGUACACACAGAAAAUAUUCAUGUGCUUUGCAUGGUUUAUAAAGCAAGAAGUGUAUUCACCCUAGGAAUGUUCAGAAUUACUGUUGCAAGUUGAAUAUCUUCUUUCUCCAAAGGUCUUAUUAAAUCACUUUAUGCAGGUUAAAUUUAUACUGAUUAUUUCAUCUAAUAGCCCACCUGGAUGACUAAAGUUGGGGAAACCUUUCUUUAUUCACAAGGUAUUCAUAUAGUGUUGAGGGUAGCUUAAGGUAAUAUAACAGCUUAAGUCAUACUUAUCUUUUCUUGGUAUAGAAACACUGUAUUUUAGUUUACAGGACACAUUCUAGUACCCCUUUUCCAUGAAAUGUCUAUGUAUACAAUGAAGAAACUUGAUUUAGUUCUUUACUAGAAACUUCUUGAUUUUUAUGUGUACAUGUUAAAUUUUUCCAUGUUCUUUUUUGUCAAUGUUUUAAACAUCAAAGUAAGCUAAGCUGAGUCUCUGACUUCAUUGUGCAUUUUCUGAUUUACCCGCCCUCCUAGCUUCCCCCUCAAAUUGACUUGUGUGAAUUUAACAUUCUCAUUCUCCAGUUUCAACGAGACCAUUUAGCGUUUUCAAAAAUUAAGUUCUUGUGUUUACAUAGCUUAUUCCAAUAAUGCGAUUCCCCAGCAAUGGUUGCAUAUUUAUAAAACUUGGAUUUUUAUUUAAUUUGAGAAUAAAAAUUUUGACUAUCAAGCA